ACAUUUAGUUAAUAAGUCUCAUCCGUAGAACAAAUACAGAGAAACAAUAUAUUUUAUAACCUAAUAUUCUUUUUAGUGUUACAUUGGGAAUAUAUCAUUUAUUGGUGUCAGCUGUAAUCAUAAAUCAAGAUGAACGUCAGUGUUAUGGCGCCAAGUGGCAUGGUGGUAACACCGCACCAUUUAGCUACGCAAACUGCUAUACUGAUACUUCGCCAAGGAGGAACUGCCGUAGAAGCCAUGGUUGCAGCGGCAGCAACAAUAGCCGUCGUGUAUCCGCAUAUGAAUUCUAUUGGUGGAGAUGGUUUUUGGCUCAUAUUACCACCAUCCGGUGAUCCUAUCGCGAUAGAGGCAUGUGGACCAGCUGGAAGCUUAGCAAAUUUAGAUCUAUACGCAGGGCUCAGGAAGAUACCUACACGAGGUCCAAAAUCGGCACUUACAGUCGCUGGCACUGUUGGAGGUUGGGAAGAGGCAUUAAAAUAUAUUACUGAAAAAGGCUAUAAUCGGAUGCCGCUGUCCUAUCUUUUGGGAGAUGCAAUAAGAUACGCUGAACACGGAUUUCCAAUUUCAUCUAGCCAAUCUAACACUAAUCUUGAAUUCGCUAAAAAACUCGGUAACUUUUCACAAGAAUUUAAGGAUGUAUUUUAUCCAGGUGGAAGAGUUUUGGAAACCGGUGAUAUAUUAAAGCAACAGGCAUUAGCUUACACUCUCAAAGAACUUGCUAAUAAUGGGUUAGAUAGCUUUUACCGUGGGAAUACAGCUAACCUUAUUGCUGAUGAUAUGGCAACCAUCGGUAUGCCCAUAACCAAACAAGAUCUUACUAAUUAUUACGCAGAAAGACGUCAACCACUACGCUUGCAGCACUCUCAUGGGGAACUCUUGAACCUUCCUCCACCUACACAAGGUAUACUUUCAUUGUCAAUACUCGGUAUGCUAGAUGAGUUACACGUUGACGGUAAAAACGAAGGUCAUUUUAUUCAUUCUGCAGUAGAAGCCACGAAACAGGCGUUUAAAAUGCGCGAUGAAUAUAUUACCGAUCCAAAAUAUAUGAAAGUGACUCCUGAAUCAUUAUUAUCACAUAAAAAUAUAUUCGAAAUGGCAAGUCGUAUUAAUUUUGAACGGGCAUCAGCGGACGCUAAGGGCGACGGUCCUGGUGAUACCAUUUGGAUGGGUAUUAUGGAUAGCUACGGAUUUUCUGUUUCAUUUAUACAGAGUGUAUUCCAUGAAUAUGGUAGUGGUGUAGUGUUACCUAAGACGGGCAUAUUAUGGCAGAAUAGAGGUGUUUCUUUCAAUUUACAGGAAGGAUCUCUACGAAGUUUGGUACCAGGAAAGAAACCCUUCCAUACAUUAAAUCCCGCAGCCGCUUUACUUAAUGAUGGAAGAGUCAUGGUGUAUGGGACACGUGGAGGUGAUGGUCAACCUCAAACCCAAGCUGCAAUAUUUCACAGAUAUGUCGUACAAGGAAUUAACUUGCAACGAUCUAUUUAUUUGCCAAGGUGGGCGUAUGGGCCUUUGACUUUGGAUCCUACAAACAUAUUGCGACUCGAAAACAGAUUUGAUCCAGUAACUGUAGAUUAUUUGAAGGCAAGAGGCCAUAAGAUUGAAAUAAUACCAGAAUUUUCUGAAAUGAUGGGACAGGCCGGGGCAUUAGUCAAGCACCCUGAUGGCAUGAUUGAAGGAGGUUGGGAUGUACGUAGCAAUGGAUUUGCUGCUGGAUACUAGUCAUUUUGAUAUUUAAUUAAUAUUGUUGUAUAAGUUAUUACGUAUCAGAAACGAUUUGACACCUCGUUUCUACUCCUCUAAAAUACACUGAUUUACUCUAAAAU